AUGGCAUCUACAUGGUUUGGUGAGAACGAGCUUAGAAUCGUAUUAUUAGGAGUUGCAGGAUCUGGAAAAAGCAAAACAGCCAACUUAUUAUUAGGUCCAAAAGAUAGCUUUAAUUUUGAACCUCGUUCAAUGCGAUCCAUCGCGAAAUAUUCCUAUCGAUAUCAGAAAGCAUUGAAGAUCGUCGAUAGUCCUGGUUUAUUUGGUUUCAGAGAGAUAAACAUUAAUCAAGAAUUAGAUGAAUGCCUUAAUUUAUCAAAGCCAGGUCCACAUAUGUUUAUUGUUUGUGUUCCAAUGGAUCGUAUUACUGACCAGACAAGUAAAGCAGUAAAGAAAUAUGUGAAAUAUUUUGGCGAGGAUAUCUAUGAUUUUAUGAUAAUAGCAUUUACAUUAAUAGACCAAUGGGAAUUAGAUAACGAAGAGUUAGAAUUGGUACCAGAUUUUGAAGCUUACCUUGAAAAAUUACCUGCAAAUAUGAAACAUUUGUUACAACGCUGUGAAAACAGAUACUGUAAAAUUAAUAAUAGAAAAACAGGAGACGAGAGUACAAAGCUAGCAAACCAAGUCAUUGGGAAGAUAAUUGCAAUUAUAACAAUUCUGAUGGCAGGAUUUGCUCCAUUCAAACAAUCAGUUCCAGGAAAUGAGAUACGUAUGGUUCUGAUAGGGAAAACUGGUACUGGAAAAAGCAAAACUGGAAAUUCCAUUAUUGGAGAUAAAAGAAACCAAUUCCCUUUUGGUUGUAAUGCGAAUUCCAUUACAUUUUUGUGUUCUUGGAAAACGACUGUAAGAUUUGGAAAGAAACUUGAUGUUGUAGACACGCCAGGAGUUUUUGACACACAUAGAGCUAAUUUUGAAGUACAAAAAGAAAUAGCCAGAUGCAUAGCAUUAACAACCCCUGGUCCCCAUGCGUUGCUAUAUUGUGCUAAGAUGGGUAGAUUUACCCAAGAGGACAUAGAUACAGUAGAACAUUUCGUCAAGUACUUUGGCGAAGAAUUAUUGAAUUAUACUAUUGUGGUUUUCACACAAGUUGAUCAAUGGGAACUGGACGAAGAAGAGAAAGGCGAAGGACCUAAUACUGUCGAGCAAUACAUAAAAGAUUUACCAGAUAACCUGAGGCGUUUUAUUGACCGCAUUGAAAAUCGAUAUGUAUUUGUUAACAACAGGCUUCAGGGACGCCAACAAGAAGAUAUGGUUAGAAAGUUAAUAAAGAAUGUUGAAACACUUAUUCUCACCAGGAAUAACAAAUGCUAUACAAAUGCUAAUUACGAAAAAACGGAGAAAAUUUUGGAGGAAGAAACAGAAAAGAAUCAAUUAUCUAGGGACGAAGUAAAGAAUAGUUCAAGUUUUUUUCUGAUCAUAUAUAAAAUGAUCGAGUUCGUAGAACAUAUUAUAAGGUUGUUUUUUUGA